GAGGGACUUGGCUGGGUGAUAAAAACUAGGUGGCCUUGGGAAGGAGGAAUGUGGAGAAGGGGGGUCAGAACAGGAGAACAGGAGAUAGUCAGUAUGGGUGCAGGGGGACUUAACACAGAAACCCAUACGGUUUCGCGAUAAGGAGGAGCUCCCAAAAAUAGUAGGGCCAUUAUUAAUUAGGGCUGCUGUACCUCGAUACAUUCCCUGGUCCACUCAGGACAUGCAGCAUGUAAUAACAAAUCUCAGAAUUGCAGAAUGGAGUGAGCCACUGGUUCAGGGUGCUGGAGGAGGAGAUGACAGGCCAAAUCUUGACUGUGGGGGGCCUGAAGGCUCUCCUGGGGAAGGUUGUGGGGAUGGAAACAAUGCUGGACAUAUUCAAGCAGGCUGGCUUUGUCAGAGCCCAGGUGCAACCUCCAGCAGUGGACAGUGGGCCAUUUGACAAUGUACAUGCUGCGCAGGUGGAGGCUGAUAACCGAAAAGGACUGAACACCAUGACACACCGGGAGUUUGUGGAUCAUGUGGUGCACACUGUAGAGAGACAGCGAAAAGAGGAAAAAAGCUGGAAGAUCAAGCAAAAGACAUUCAAAGAAAACUACUGUGCAGCUGAAGGAGCUGGAAGCCAAAGAACAAAAGCACCCCCCACACCUGAACCAUGGAGCAGCCCGAUGGUGCCCCGGCCAGCGGUGGUCUACAACUUCUCCGGCAUCCCUCACCCAGUGGCCAUGCAAGGGUCGCUUUAUUCCAGCUUACAGCAGGGAGUGCCAGAAGCACCAACAGUGCCCCAGCGGACCCAGUACGAGAAUUGCAAGCCGGCUCACCAGUGGAGGGACGUGCAGACCACAUCCACUGGUUGGAAGAUCAAGCCGGCUCACCAGUGGAGGGAGGUGCAGACCACAUCCACUGGUUGGAUCCAGGAGACCACCUGUUACAGGGACUAUGGCGAUUCCUCGUGCUACGAAUCAAUGUGUUAACAAAAUUAAAAGAAGUGUGAUAAUUUUAAUAGUUGGGUCACUUAGGAUAAUACAUACAGCUGUGAUACGGCCAGUCAAAUUAUGCGGGAUGCACUUUUGCAGAGAGUGUUGGAGGAACCAGGGAAACGCCGUUAUAUUGAGGAGUCUGAGGCAAUUGGAUGCUGCUAUCGCAGCAGGGGAUGUGCAUCCAACUUCGUAUGGUGCAUUGGCUAAGGGAGAUAUUCGGGGCCAUAGGUUUUGAAUGUAGGGGAAAAUGCACAGAACAAAAGAUCUCCCUCCUAAAAGCAUGAUAAACAAUCACAAGUCAAAAUCAGACUCAACCUUGACGAGCAGGCUGGGUCCUCCCAAACUCUCGACGAUGUAUGCUAAAAGUGUAUCAAUAUAUCCAUAUUAAAGUAUGAUAUGUACUCUGUAUAGUUUCAAACUGAUUAACUGCUAAAUUGUGCUAGAAUUACACAGUGAACCCAUAUGUAACCGGAGUUUAAUAAAGCAGCCAGCUGUGUAGUCAAGGCACAAAGUGAGAUAUGACUGUACAGCGGAUUUCUCCCGGGACUCUCAAUGUUUUAUGCCAGAAGUGUAUCUAUCUGCAAGUGACUAAUAAUCAAUAUAUCACAUGUACGCUGCUUGUUAUCAAAUCAAAUGAACCUAGAACAUUAAUUAUAGCUGAGCUUAUGAAAAUGCAAGAAACCACAGUGAAAACUGUUGAAAUGAAAGCAAAGAAUGCAAAGAACGCAACGUACAUUUACUCACUUAGAAGAGAAUAAUUAAUCAAAUGUUUAGUAUGUGUCUAUUAGAAGAUAAUAUUAGAAGAUAAUAUUAGAAGAUAAUAUUAGAAGAUAAUAUUAAAUCAAAUGUUUAGUAUGUCUGUAUAUUAGAAAAGAUUACUUCUGCUUAGUUCAUCUUGUGGCGAGCCGCUGGUUGAGAGAGAGAGUAAAAUUGGUGCAAAACAAUGAUUUUUUUAUUGUUUUCCACAUGUGCCUUCAGGGCACUGCGCAGCUAGUCAGCACAGCCAGGUGCUUCUCUUUUCAAAAAAAGAAAAAUCAAAAAGAAAAAAAUCCAAAAAACUAAAAAGAAAAAAAAAACGGGAAAUCUGUUCAUCCGUCUCUCGUCCGUUGGAUCUGUUCGAUUCCCGUGGCGUCCUGGCCGCCUAGUCGUCCACCUGGGAUGCUCCGUUCUGGGUGCAGAGAGGGAGAGAUUAGCGGGGUUAGGGGGGUGGUGAUUUUCUCACGUGACUCCUCGUUUUUGGAGGUUUCAUCUGCAGGGUUUCGUUUCGCGAAAUGGGGCUCUCUCUUAGUCCGUCCAGGAUAGAUCCGCUUCUUUUGCGGCGUGCUUAGCUCGGGGUUCAGUCGUAGGGUUCACUCACUCGGGCUCCGGGUAACCCUCCUCCGUCAUGAGCCCCGCUUGGCAUUUGUGUUCUGCCUUUUAAAUGUUGCCGCUCCCUUCCCUGAACUCGGCGCAGCUGUGCCUGUUCAAUCAGAGGAGGUUAGUAGUUUCCAGUCACAUUCCUCACGUGUCUCGCCUCGGGGGUGCUGUCCUUGGUGCUGAUACUCCUCCCGGCCUCUCUCCAAGGUGCCGCUCUUAGAUAUGUCAGGGGAAAAUAUUCGGAGUUAAUUAGUUUCCCCAGCUCUUGGCGCCGGCGCACUGGUUGUUCGACCCCAGUGGUGUACCGAUCGCAGGUCGGGCCACCACAGUCUUAUAAAAGUGAAAGAUACAGAGUGACGUGUAUGGAUGACGUGUGUGUUAGAGGGGGGGCAUCCAGAACUUUAUGAGGUGCGGGGUGAAGUGAGGACAGGGGGAGUCCUGAACUUUGUUCGUAGUUGGCAGAACGCCCUGAACUUUGUACAGAGCUGGCAGAGCAUAAGGACGAUUUGCCACAAUGACGUUGUGGGAGGAGCUUUGGGAGGAGUUACGAUAAGAACAGUGUGGGUGAUUUGCCAGAAUGAGGUUUGAGGAGGAGUUGUAGGUGGAGUAACUGUGUAUAAAAUGGGUGUAAAAAUGACAGUCGGGGUUCAGUCCUGGAGAACUGAUCCGGCUUUAUGUGCUGCUGCUAAGUCUGAUUUUCCUGAAGAACUUGCUGCCGUGGUAUCGUCUUUUCCCUCGUGAAGAUGUUUUUUUAACAAAUUGAAGAUUUGGACUCUGUCGUUUCCUAGACAUGACAAAUUUAAUGUUUUAUUUCUAGUUCAAGCAGUUCAUAAUUGUCCCUGUUCUGAACCAAAUCAGAAAAAAAAGUUUGAAAAAAAGUUUGACUUGUUAAGGAUUAAAGAGCAACAUGAUACUGUUUAAAUCAGUGUAAUUGUUAUAAAGAUUUUGCACAUCAUUGCAUUUGAACAAUGUGGCUAGCAGCAAAACAACAUUAUUAGGGAGGUAAAAUUAAUUUAUGGUUUCAUCUUGUCCUGAGUUCAUGCAGGGAGCUAGCAAAUUUAGCCAUCAAGCUUAUGGAGUACUCAUGGUUUUUAUAUGCUUACAGGCUUUUGAAUGCAGCCAAAAAUGUCCUUGAUUUGAGUAAAUCUACAUCAAAUUACUUAUUGCAUUUGAAAUCCUUUGUUGGAUAAAAAAUACUUUGGGGAAAAAAAAGCUGUAUCUCUGAAAGUUUUCUCCUGAUGUCUUUC